AUUGUUACUUGGAAUAACAUUGAUAGAACAUUCUUAUAAUAUUAAGAAAUAUCGCAUAACAUCACAUAAUAUUACAUAACAUUCUUAGAAUAUUAUGAGAAAUAUUAUUUUAAUAUUGAAUAAUAUUCAUCUAAUAUUCCAGGAAUAUCACACGCUUAUAGGUUUUUAACGAUUAUUCAUCGUUUCUCCGUAAUUCGCGCUGCAAACUUUUAUUUAAUUUCAGAACUAGAAAUCAGCCGUGAAUCGGCAGAGAGCCGUGAUGCGUCACUCGCAUUCGAAUUGUCAAUCAACGUGCCGACUGAAGUUCAAGGUAUUCCUCGAUAAUUCGUCGAUCACGCGUGCGACGAAUGGCUGGCUUCGCGUGCGAGCACCAACGAUUUCGACGAGUUGCAACGCGGAUUCAUCGCGAUUUUCACGAUCCGGCACGUAUGUGUUGUGUGUGUGUUUAGAGUUCAGAGUAGACAAACAUUGUAGACUGUGCCGUAAAACAGAUACGGUUAAUAGAUGCUCGUGAUAAAUUUCGCUGCGUGAAGAGAAGUGACGAAGCCAGCCGCCCGGUCGUUGAGCUGAUUGAGUCUGGCUCGUGCCGCGUUUCUCACGACCCGCGUCGUGCGAUUUGUUGUUGACCCAACUUUCAACAAUGAGCCAGAUAAGAGAGACGGCGGGAAGAAACGGCCGCUCGCCGCCGAUGACGGCGACUUUUCGUUGCCCACCGGUCGUUGCCAUCUGGCAUCAUCGUCGUCAUCGUCAUCGUUGUCAUCACCAGCUGCGUCCUCUUAUUCUCGUCUCACAUCUACAACUCCAUCGGGCGGGUGCUCGUCCAGCGGACUUAAGCUCGCAAUCGUGGUAUAGUUAACUGGCCGGCCGACCGAGUUUUUUUCACAAGUACGAUAGAUGUACGUACGGAAAUACGGAACAAAGCGGAGUACAGCGGAACGGAGAGGAACGAAACGCGACAGCGAGCGAUUUGCGAUCGCGAGUGAACGAGCGAGCGAGUACAUGUGCUUUUUGUGAUCCGUGAGUUCGUCGCUGAUUUUCACACGUAAGUGGGAAAUCUGGGAUGCGCGUAUGUCCCGAUACGGCGCCACUAUGAGCUCGAUUAACUUACGGGACAUAAAGGACGACAAUAUGAAGCUGUGUUGUUCAAGAAGAGACGAGGCCGACGCGCCGUCCGGACUUGGAAACGGAACUAUAAAACCUCCAGUGGGGAACGCUAUAGACAAAUUUGGGCUUUAUCAAAUGACGAUGUUCGCGUUGAUUAGUCUGCCUUUAAUGUUCACAGCAGGGUUUACGCUUUCCUAUAUAUUUACUGCAGGCGAAGUCAAAUACAGAUGUUUGGUGCCGGAAUGUGAGCACUCGGGAAACGCGACGUUCGAUCCACCUUGGGUGAACGCUUCCGCACCGAGAGCCAAGGGAGGAGACAUCUCGCGUUGCGUACGUUACGCGGUGCAGGAUCGUCCGAACGUGUGCACGAUUAAUUCGUUCACGAACGUGACCCACGACUGUGAUUCCUGGCUUUACGAUCCGACCGAGCGCACGAUACUCAACGAGUGGGAUUUUACUUGCGAUGCUAAUCGAUGGAGACUCACGCUGGUCGGCACAAUAAACAACGUUGGUCAAUUCGUCGGCCUGAUGUUCGCCGGAUACAUAUCCGACAGGUACGGCAGACGAACCAUUUUGACGCUGGCAACGUCUCUGAGCGGGGUCAGUGGCUUGAUACAUUCCUUCUCCGCGAAUUAUUGGAUGUUUCUCGGGUUCGAGUUCCUGGACGCCACCGCUGCGUCUGGAAUUUACAGCGCAGGAUUUAUUCUAGGAAUGGAGAUGGCGGGUGUGAAGAAUCGAGUUUUCGGCAGCACCAUUAUCUGCUGUAUGUUCGCCGUGGGCGAGAUCCUGUUGGGACUAAUUGCGAGCCAGCUGAGAUCCUGGCGAGCUUUGCUCAGGGUCGUGUACGGGCCAGCGUUGCUCGCCGUUUUCUUGCCCCUAUUUAUCCCGGAAUCAGUAAGGUGGCUAUUGUCGAAGGGCAAGAACGACAAGGUGGAGGAAAUUUAUCAUAAAAUGGCACGAAUGAACGGUCUGCAAGUGACGGACGAAGCCAUCAACGUAUUUAAGGAGUUGAAUGUUGUUAAGCCUGAAACGAAAAGCAAGCUGGUGAUGUCGGAGGAGAAGAAGCCGAUCGUGCAGGUUCUACACAGCUCGAUUAUACUCAUCCGCUUGCUGGCCUGCUCGUUCUGCUGGCUCACGAAUACGUUCGUUUAUUACGGAUUGUCGUUGAAUUCCGUGGCAUUUGCCGGGGAUAAGUACACUAAUUUCAUGCUCGUCGCCGUGGUCGAGAUACCGGCGUACUUCCUCACCUGGCUGCUAACCGAUCACGUCGGCCGUAAACCAACGCUCUCCUGCUCGUUCCUGCUGAGCGGGGCGUUCUGCCUCGCGAUCCAGUUCGUACCGACAGAUGCCUCGAGUUACGGGCCUUUACUUUUAUACAUGGCCGGGAAAUUGUGCAUCACCAUGGCAUUCGCCACUGUCUACAUUUACACGACGGAACUCUUCCCUACAACGAUGAGGCAUUCGCUGCUGGGAAUUUGCAGUAUGACUGGACGCGUCGGGUCAAUCUUAUCGCCGCAGACGCCUCUUCUGGCACAAAUAAUGCCGGCGCUGCCGCUCAUCCUCUUCGGUGCUAUGGGUAUAGUCGCAGGCGUCCUGUCUCUGAUUUUUCCGGAAACUCUGGGAACGAAACUUCCGGACACCGUGUGGGAGGCAGAAAACAUCGGCAAGGUGCAACUUAAACGGGAUCCACAGGNGGGGGGGGGGGGACCAUAG